CUCCAUAUAGCUUCUUCUAUUUUUCACAUGGGGUGGUUUCCUUUACCAUAUUUUAUCUUCCACUUGUUCUUGUUACUUUUUCUUCAUUUUCCUUCAUACACUUACUCACUGUGCAACUAUCAUGACAACUCUGCUUUGCUUCAAUUCAAAAACUCAUUUGUUGUCAACACUUCAGCUGAUAACAUUUUUUAUCGGUCUCCUUGUCCCUCUUUUCCUUCUAAGACAGAGUCUUGGAAAAACAAUACAGAUUGUUGUGCAUGGGAUGGGAUCACGUGUGAUGCCGUGUCAGGCCACGUGAUUCGUCUCGACCUUAGUUGUGGUCAUCUUCAUGGUGAGUUCCAUCCCAAUAGCACCAUAUUCCAGCUGAGGCACCUUCAACAACUCAAACUUGUUUUGAAUUAUUUUUCUGUGUCUCCAUUGUAUUCUGGAAUUGGUGAUCUCUUUAGAAGACUCACCCAUCUGAAUUUAUCACACUCUGAAAUCACGGGUGAUAUCCCUUCCACAAUCUCUCACUUGUCAAAACUUGAAUCUCUUGAUCUCAGCGACAACUUUGAAAUGAGACUUGAUUUAUCCACGUGGAAGAAGCUCAUUCUUAACACAACUAAUUUAACGGAGCUCCAUCUUGAUGGCAUAGACAUGUCUUCCAUAAGAGUUAGCUCUUUGAUGAAUUUGUCAUCCUCCUUGGUCUCUCUUCAACUAAGUGGGACUGGAUUACAUGGGAAUUUUCCAAGUGACAUCUUCUGUUUACCCAAUCUUGAAGAAUUUCUAAGGUACUUGGAUCUCUCUGCGACCUCAUUCUCAGGAGAAAUUCCAAAUUCCAUAGGCCAUUUGAAAUCUCUUGAAAUACUUGAUCUGUACUGCAGCAAAUUCAAUGGAGUGGUUCCUCUAUCUUUGUGGAACCUCACUCGACUAACACGUUUGAACCUCAGGGAAAAUUACUUUCACGAUGAGAUCCCACCAUUACUGUCAAACCUCAAACAUCUCACUUACUUUGACCUUAGGUACAAUAAUUUUAGCGGUUACAUCCCAGAACAGCUUGGUCAGCUUCUCAAAUUAGAAUCUCUCCUACUUUCAAUGAACAACCUAAGAGCGAUUCCAAGUAAAAUGGUUGGACUUCCAAAACUAGAAUUUCUAGAUUUGUCAAAUAGUAUGUUAACUGGAACAAUUCCUCAUUGGUGUUAUUCUUUACCUUUCUUGUCAUAUUUGGAUCUUAGUAACAACCAUCUCACAGGGCCAAUUAGUGAAUUCUCAACUUAUGCUUUGGAAUAUUUGUGUCUCUCUAACAACAAACUGCAAGGUCAACUUCCGAAUUCAAUAUUUGAAUUCAAAAAUCUAACUCGCUUAGACUUUUCAUCAAAUGACCUGAAUUUUUAUGUGGACUUCCACCAAUUUUCAAAGCUUAAAAGUCUAAAUUCCCUCAAUCUUUCUCAUAUUAAUUUUCUCUCAAUUAGUUUUGAUAGUAGUGUUGACUAUGAGUUACCCAACCUUCAAUUCUUAUAUCUAUCUUCAUGUAAUAUUGGGAGCAGUUUUCCUAAAUUCUUAGCACCACUUCAAAAUUUGAAAGCAUUAGAUCUUUCUUAUAAUAAAAUUCAUGGAAAAAUUCCCAAAUGGUUUCAUGAGAAUCUCUUGUACUCAUGGAAGGACAUUGAACAUAUUGAUCUCAGUUUCAACCAGUUGGAAGGUGACCUUCCAAUUCCUCCAAGGAGUAUCCAAAACUUUCUUGUCUCAAAUAACCACUUCACUGGAGACAUUAAUUCAAUCACAUGCAGUGCAAGCUCCCUUAGUGUACUCAACUUGGCUCACAAUAACUUGAUUGGCACGAUUCCACAAUGCCUAUGCAAUGCAAGCUCCCUCAUGGUGCUCAAUUUGGCUCACAACAACUUGACUGGCACGAUUCCCCAGUGCUUGGGGACAUUUCAUGAUCUUGUGGUGUUGGAUUUGCAAAUGAACAACCUUCAUGGAACCAUACCUAAAAUUUUUUUCAAGAGAAAUGUGUUUGAGACAAUAAAGUUGAAUGGCAAUCGAUUGGAUGGACCAUUACCACAUGCCUUGGCCCAGUGCACAAAACUCGAAGUUUUGGACCUUGGAGACAACAACAUAGAAGAUUCAUUUCCUAGACGACUAGAAACUCUGCAAGAGUUACAAGUACUCCGUUUACAGUCAAACAAACUUCGUGGUAUCAUCACUUGUUCCAACACCAAACAUCCAUUUCCCAAGUUGAGAAUUCUUGAUGUCGCCAAUAACAAUUUUAGUGGCUCCUUGCCAGCAUCAUGCUUCAUGAACUUUCAAGGAAUGAUGAAUGUGAGUAAUUAUCCAAACCGCUCCCUAUACAUGGACGACAAAAGUUACUACAAAGAUUCAGUGGUGGUCAUAAUGAAAGGUCAAGAAAUGGAGCUCAAGAGGAUAUUAACUGCUUUCACAACUAUUGAUUUGUCAAACAACAUGUUUGAAGGUGGCAUUCCAAAAGUCAUUGGUCAAUUAAAGUCUCUUAUAGGACUUAAUCUUUCAAACAAUGGAAUCAAUGGUGUCAUUCCACAUUCAUUGAGUAAUUUGACAAAUUUGGAAUGGUUGGACCUCUCAUGGAACCGGUUGACAUGUGACAUUCCUUUGGCUUUGACAAAUUUAAAUUUUCUUUCUACCUUGAACCUUUCACAAAACCAUCUUGAGGGAAUCAUACCUACUGGUGGACAAUUUUACACAUUUGGAAAUGCUUCUUAUGGAGGAAAUCCAAUGCUAUGUGGACUCCCUUUGUCAAAAUCAUGCAAUAAGGAUGAAGAACAUCCACCACAUUCAACAUUUCAAGAUGAUGAAGAAUCAGGAUUUGGUUGGAAAUCUGUGGCUGUGGGAUAUGCGUGUGGGGCUGUGUCUGGGAUGCUCUUGGGAUAUAAUUUAUUUUUGACUGCAAAACCUCAUUGGCUUGCGACACUUGUUGAAGGUCUGCUUGGUAUAAGCGUGAAAGGGACAAACAACAGAGCCCGUACAAACCGCAGAUGAAUGAAUUAGUUCAAUAUGGGUCUGUUUGGUACAUAAAUGCAGUUGUUUGUAACUUCUGUGUGAGAAAUGAAUUCUUAUAUCUCCCUAAUACUACUAAGAGAUCUAUUUCAU